AUGUUUGGAACGUGGAAGUACGAUCCCGAAACGGACGAGGUGCAGAAUCUGCGCCGGGCCUACGAUCCCAUUACGGCUCGAUCCAGCCAGCACCAGGCCUGCAACCGGUGUCACGAGAAAAAGCUCAAGUGCAGCGGUGACAAGAACGGCUGCGACCGAUGCGCCAGCAGCGGCCACGUUUGUGUCUACAACCGCCCGGGAUCCCGCUCGUCUCGCAGGGGCAAACGAACCAGCAGACCCUCCACCAACAGCCCCAGCGGCCCGCGCGAGGGCAGCGGCAGCCCCCUCAGCAACGUCUCUUCUCCCCUGACACGACAUUCGUCCAAGCCCAGGAGCCGUCCUUCGAGCAGCCAGACACAAACCCCGGCUCCGACAGCGCCAUUGGCCCACGCCGGCUACGAGGGCGCCAUGCUGAGCGAGGCCGACUUCGCCAUGACGAGCCAGCAGCACAUGUUCGACAUGGACACGCUCGCCCAAGGCGGCUAUACGCCGUCGUCCAUGUCGCACCUGUUCUCGCCGCAACAGUAUGCAGCCGCCGACGUUCCUCACACGCAGGAUUGGGCCGCUGGUGCCCAGCCCAUGCCCGCCACCACGGGAGCCGGCUUGGACCAGGCUUACCUGGCGACGACCAGCCACAUGUACGGGGCCGGCGGCGACUUUCUGCCCUACGAGACGUACCCCGACUUUGACCCCUAUCAGGGCAUGGACCCUCGAUACUGGUCGCAAGGCCCGCAAUGA